GAAAAAUAUCAGAUAAAGAAAAUAGUCCAAGAUAGAACUUCAUUAAACACUUCUUUCUUUGUUCGCAUAUCAACCAAAUUUCGAGUAUGGUAUAGGCAGAUAGGAACUACUGAACUAGUGAAUUUUUCAACAUUUUGAUGCCGUUGUCUUUUUCAUGAUGACAAAUUCCAACAAAGAAGAAGAAGAGCAUUCAAUUGCUUCUGAGGCAUCGGAAGUUGUGAAGACUGACAAGAUGCCUCUAAAGAAAAUCAAGCCAAACAGUGAAAUGGACUUGUUCCCUGUUGUACCUGUUCUUUUUGUUCAAGAAUCAUUGAUAUUAGAAGCGGCUAAAAAAGGACUAACUGUUUCAUCAAAAUACGCAGUACCAAGCAAAUACAAAAAGAGAAUGGCCUCUACUUAUGCAAAUUGUGCUUGGUUUUAUUCUGGUAAAGCAGUAAAAAAAGUUGAAAACAAUAAAGACAAAAAUCCUAAAAGAGUUUACAAAGUUGCAAAACGAAGACUACCUCCAUCCAGAAAAUUAUUACUGACUGCUCAUCAAACUAGCGCAUUAAAAAUGAGAAAACCAAACAAUAUGUAUGAAGUGGAAUAUAUUGCAGACAUUCGAAUAGUGAAAAAUCAGAGAUAUUAUUUAGUGAAGUGGGUUGGAUGGCCAGAAGAAGCAAAUACUUGGGAAUCAUCUGUCAAUCUAAGUUGUCAUUGUCUAAUCAAAGAAUUUCAUGAAGAUUAUGAUUCACAACUGAAUAGUUUUUUUACGAAGGAAAACCUUUCAUGGCAUAAAUUACUGCUGGGAAGGAAUGGAAUCCACCAAAACACAUGUACACAACGACUCUUCAAUGCAAUUCCAAAAUCAUUUAAAUAUCUAUCAACAUAUGGUAGGAAAAAAUCAGAACUUCGAAACCAAUUAAAGACUUGGCAAGAUGUUGUCAAUGAAUCUUCACAGGGCCUUCCAUAUGUGGUUGUGGAAAAUGAAGUCAAUAUGGAGCUGCCUCCUCUAGACUUCACCUAUAUUGCACAAAAUGUUGCUGGCAACGGUGUGUCAAUACCUGACGAUCCGUUGAUGGGAUGUGAAUGUGUGAAUAUGUGUGAUCAAUUGUCUGGAAAUUGUUCCUGCAAUACAAAUGGCUAUUCACAUCAGAAACCCUUAUACUGUGAUGGUCUCAUAAAGCUUAAACCUGGGAAACCUAUUUAUGAAUGCAAUUCAAGGUGUAGGUGUGGUCCUGACUGUCCAAAUAGAGUAAUACAGAAGGGUAGUAAGUACACACUUGCUAUUUUUCAAACACCAAACGGCAAAGGAUGGGGAGUGAAAGCCUUGCAACCCAUUCCAAAAGGUGCCUUCGUCAUUGAAUAUGUAGGAGAGGUAAGAGUAAAAUUAACUGCCUUAAUUAAGUACAGUAUGUACUCCUUCAAGAUGACAAUAUUUCAUCUGGUAUGA